GACUGGGAUCAGCACAUUAAGGGAAGUCUUCACAUCCAAAAAUGUAUGGCUUUUUCAGAUAACACUGGUAUCCGGUGUGUGUUAAACUCAGCAGAUGGAACAUUGCAUUUAUCGCCAAAUAAUGCAGCGGUUUUCAAUCCGUCUAGUAUCGAAGAUUAUCCACCAAAUGUCGGCUCAUCUUUUAUCACUACGUCAGCAAGAUCCUUUGGCCAGCCAGGUCCUACAUUUUCUUCUCCUCCAUCAGGGUUUCCCCAGAGGAAAUCUACACUGGGUCGAGUUGUUCACAUCUGCAACCUCCCUGAGGGAAGCUGCACAGAGAAUGAUGUCAUUAACCUGGGCCUCCCAUUUGGGAAGGUCACCAACUAUAUCCUCAUGAAAUCCACUAAUCAGGCCUUUCUGGAAAUGGCUUACAGUGAAGCAGCCCAAGCCAUGGUGCAGUACUACAAGGAAAAACCUGCUAUGAUAAAUGAUGACAAGUUACUUAUUAGGAUGUCAAAAAGAUACAAGGAAUUGCAGCUGAAGAAACCAGGUAAGAAUGUGGCUGCAAUCAUCCAGGACAUCCACUCGCAGAGGGAGAGGGACCUGCUGCGUGAAGUGGACAGGUAUGGCACAGACAGGCCUCGCUCUCGCAGCCCCAUAAGCCGCUCCCUGUCACCCCGAUCCCACACUCCCAGCUUUACAUCCUGCAGUUCACCCCACAGCCCGGUGGGGACCAGCAGGACCGACUGGGGAAAUGGAAGAGAGUCCUGGGAUCAGUCUCCAUAUUCUCGGAGAGAAGAGGAAAGAGACAGCAGAGAAUGGCGAGAGAACGGGGAUGAGAAGAGAGACAGGACUGACACAUGGGUACAUGAGAGGAAACAUUAUUCCCGACAGCUGGACAAGUUUGAUUUGGAUGAAUGGAUUGAAGGAGGCAGAGGGCACAGAGAAAAAUAUUUACGGAGUGGUUCCCCUGGCUCCCUUCACCCUUUAUCUGGCUACAAGAGCAGGGAAGAUGACUAUUACAGAAAAACCUCUAAGUCAAAAUCUGACAAGUUUCAGAGGCAGCUGCAGGAUUUACCUGGAAGAUCUAAGAGAAAGGAAGAGGCAAAGUUAAGGGAACGUAGGCAUUCUUACAGCGAGGACGCUGCCAGGGAGGAGGUGGCUGAGCAGAAGCACAGCAAAGCGUCAGAGAGCUCCAGGCAAAAACAAAGUGACAAGAAUAAGAUGAAGAAAGCUGAAAAAGACCAAGAGGAAGAUGCUGCCGCUGAAGGCAGCGAUGUGAAGGAAACCAAACCUCCCGAGAAUGAGCUUGGAAAAGAAGAGCAAGUUCCAGAGAAGAGCUCGCCUUCAGCUAAUAAACAAGGAAAAGAAUCUGGAGAGAUUCUGGAAAACACAAGAAAAGAGAAGGACCGAGACUGGGAGAGUGGAAGUGAGAUAGAAGGUGAGACCUGGUAUCCUGCUAACAUGGAGGAGCUAGUGACAGUAGAUGAAGUGGGAGAAGAUGAUUUAAUUAUGGAGCCUGACAUAACUGAGCUUGAAGAAAUAGUACCAGUUGAUCAAAAAAAUAAAACUGCUUCAGAAAUGUGUCCCUGUAUGUCAACCAUGUUAGAACUCAAAAACGAUCACAGCCACUUAUUGAAGAGUGAAGAUAAAUUUGCCCAUAAAGCUUUAGAAACAAACUUCAGAUCAGCAAAGAGCAGUGUAGCUUCUAGCGGCUGCCAGGAUGAUGAGGAUGAUAAUGAUAAUGAUGAUGCUGUAACUGAAGCAUCAAGCCUAAAUCUGGACGCUGAGCAGAAGCCAGAGGAAUUGCAAGAAGACCAAUCUGCUAAGGAGUCUGAUCCCCAGCAAAAGGAAGGAAAAAUUGAUAAGAGCUCUGACACUUGCUUAGAGCCCGAAGAUCACCAUAUACCUUCUGUUCAUCUGAAAGAAGAGACUCUCCAGCUCCCUGAUACAUUUAUAGAUGAUUACAAACAGAUGGGAUCACAAGGAGCUGAGAGCAGAGAAGUUAUGGGAAUGCUUGUUAAAAACGCUAGUGAAGAAACAAGACACGGAAGCCAAGAGUGUCCAGAGGCCAAGGCAAAUUCUAGGUACCUGGAAAUGAGAUCUCUGGAAUACCCGGAGAUAGAGUCUAAAAGAAGGCACUCUCCACCAGGCUGGGAACAAGAGGACGUCUUCACCGAGCUCAGCAUUCCCCUGGGUGUGGAAUUUGUGGUGCCUAGAACUGGGUAUUACUGCAAGCUCUGUGGACUCUUCUACACAAAUGAAGAGACGGCAAAGACAAGUCACUGCAGAAGUACUGUUCACUACAAAAAUCUUCAGAAGUAUCUCUCCCAGCUUGCAGAAGAGAGUCUGAAAAUGAAGGAAGAAGGCAGCCAUCUGCCUCAGGAUGACACUGGCAUUGUUCCUCACUUUGCGAAGAAAAAACUAUGA